AUGGGACCUUAUCGCCUUGCGAUGGUGGCUAUUGCUUUUAAGUGGAUCGUAGAGACAUCCGUGUCGUCAUUUUUCGGAAAGGCGACAUCAAAGGGGCUUAAGCUAGGAGCAGUGUGUAGCAAUGCCAAUCGAUAUUUCAGUUACGGAGCGAUGGCGGCAGAACUUCCUAAAGAUUUCAAGCAUCACUUCAGAUUUGCGGAGUACAACCGCAUAGACCGCAUCAGAUUGCUGGAGGCGACCGACGGGAAAUACGGUCACCUCUUCGGCGAUAAUCUGAUGCAAAAUUCGGACUUCCAAAUGCACAUGUACCUCAACACCACCAAGACGCUCGCUGCAGACGCGAACGUUGAGCCCAAGGUCACAGAAGUCCGCACGGACGGCUUCGACGAUGCCAUCUGCUUCGGCCAACGCCGUAACUACGUCGCCGAAUUCAUAUACAUAAUCGACGUUGGUGCCCUGUGCUGCGGACACAAGGGGAUAUGGCACGGAGGGGUGACUAGCGCCCUGUUCGAUAAUGCGUUCGGAAUUUUAGGGUGCUCAAUCCUGCCCUUGGCGGUCACCAAGUACCUCAACAUACGGUUCAAGGCGCCAGUCAUGGUCGGUGACACCGUUGCGCUGGUGGUCUCAUUCGACCCAGAGCAGUUCGAGGGCGAAAAGAUGGACCGUUUCGUAGCGCACGGGAAAAUGUACAACCAAAAUGGCGUCGUAGUUGCAACGGGCGAAUCCGAACUCGUGGACGUAUCGGCAAAAUGGGCAAAGAAACAGAAGACUGGCCAAAACGGAGAGUAA